AAAUACUCUAAUUCAGAGGAGGCUCUUGUGAGGCUGCUGCCAGUGGUCAAAGCUUCCAAGAAAGCUCUACUGAAUGGUUAUACUCUCUCAGACGUAAGCUUUGCAGCUCUGUCCUCAGUUCUGAGUUCAGAGUCCUGCAGUCUGAAGGAGCUGGACCUGAGCAACAGCAACCUGCAGGAUUCAGGACUGACCCAGCUUACUGCAGCACUGGACAAUCCUCACUGUCAGCUGGAAACUCUCAGGGUGGAGCCUGCAGGAGUCCAGUGGUUGACACCAGGUCUGAGGAAGUAUUCCUGUGAACUCACAGUCGACACAAACACAGUGAACAGAAAACUCAAACUGUCUGACAACAACAAGAAGGUGACGUUUGUAUACGACGAGGAUCCGUCGUAUCCUGAUCAUCCAGACAGGUUUGAUCGGCCGCAGCUUCUGUGUACAACUGGUCUGACUGGUCGCUGUUACUGGGAGGUCAAAUAUAGAGGAGAGGCUGAUUUAUCAGUGAGCUACAGAGGAAUCAGAAGGAGAGGACACAGAGGCUGUAUGUUUGGAGAAAACGAUCAGUCCUGGAGUCUGAGGUGCUUCGAUUCUGGUUGUUACUCUGUCCAGCACAAUAACAGAGUAACAUCCAUCUCCUCCUCGUCCUCGUCCUCCUCGUAUUGGUCCGUGUCCUCAUCCUCAGUCCCUCACAGAGUGGCUGUAUAUGUGGACUGUCCUGCUGGAACUCUGUCCUUCUACAGAGUCUUCUAUGGCUCUCUGAUCCACCUCCACACCUUCAACACCACAUUCACUGAACCUCUGUAUCCUGGGUUUGGGUUCAUGUUGCUUGGUUCCUCAGUGUCUCUGUGUUGA